AUGGCGCGCAAAGAUCUCCUCAAGAAGGCGUUCCGCAACAACUUCCUGCGUAAGUCUGUCGCCGAUCUCAAGUCGUUCGGCACAGAGAAAGCACGUCAAAAGCCUCGCUGUGCAAGCUCAACCAGCUUGCGGUCCAUGUACGAGGACGCUGCUCCGGCCCUGUCAACACCUCCCACGAGUACCAACGGCUUUCCUGCUCAGGACAAACCCAUGGUCAAGAAAGAUGAUAUCUCCAACGAGAGCGCUUCCAGUCUAUUUGCUGUUUCUGAAGCCGCCAAAACAUCGCGCGAGAGCGUCGCGGAGUGGCUUCACACUGUACCGAAAGACGCAGCGCAAAUGUCUUCUUCUGAGGUUCGGCGCGAAAUAGAGAAGGCCGACGCCGUCCACAAAGACCAAGUUCUACGCAACCACGAACAGCUGCUCUCCGCCCACUGCGACCUCGUCUUCACCUCGCAAGAGAUACUCGUCUCCCACCUUGACACGAUUGACACAACAUUGACCUUGCUGGAGGUGAUGGAAGCGCUCAGCCCGCAUGCACAGACGUUGCGGCAGGAGAUGUUGGAUAAGAAACACUUGUCGAAAGCAUACAGCAACCGCCACUCAUUGCUCGAGCUUACCACCUGCCUUGAGAUCCACUUUGUUCGGUAUGCGCUGAUCAAGCCUAUAGAGGUCGAGUUCUUCAAGGCGCAGAUCGAGACGUAUACGGCGGAGGUAGACUUGCUGCGUCAAGAGAACGUUAAAACAAAGGCGCAGAAGGACAAGAGCCAUGAAGUGGAGACAUCGGGCGAAGGCACGGAAAUGGUCGGUAGGGAUAGAUGCUUGCAACUUGCCUAG